AUGCUACUUCUCACGACACUUCAAUCGAAAUUCUCGAAAUUCUCCCCUUCCUCAUCGGAAGAAUUCAGCAGUGCUUCCAGGAGCGUUAAACCAGGUCUUGUCUGUUGUGGGAUUGUGAGUGCAUGGACAUGGAGCGCCACGCUCCUGCAGUCAAGCACGGCAGCGUACACAUUUGGUGUUAGCGGGCCUUGGUGGUAUGGUGUUGGCGGGACGAUACAGCUUGCAUUCUUCGCUAUGGUCGCGGCAAAAGUAAAGAUGAAUGCAAACGGAGCUCACACCUUUUUGGAGGCACCGAAGGCGCGUUUUGGUACUAGUGUGCACAUGUUAUUCACAUUUUACGGCUUCCUCUGCAUUCUGGUCGUCUGUGGCUCGCUGUUGCUUGGGGGCGCUGCAACUGUGAACGCACUCACAGGGAUGAACGUUAUCGCGGCCUGUUUCCUACUCCCGAUCGGUAUCGCUGUCUACGUGAUCUUUGGCGGGCUUCGCGCGACAUUCAUGUGCGACUGGGCACAUACGGUUAUUCUCUUCAUUGUCAUAUAUCUAUUCAUGGGACACGUAUAUGGAACGUCGUCGGAAACAGGAAGCAUUGGCGCUUUGUACGACUUGCUCGCGCAGGCUGGCAUUGAUUCUCCUGUGAGCGGCAACGUCGACGGGAGCUAUCUCACUAUGAAGUCGAAUCCAGGAAUGGUCUUCGGUGCAGCGAGCAUCCUGUCUGGAUUUGCGGGUGUCUUCUGCGACCAAGGUGCCGCGCCAGAGACGACUACAAAAGCAUACAUGCUCGGUGGCCUAUCUUGGUUCGCAGUCCCGUGGGCAUUCGCGUCGUGUUUGGGUUUAUCCGCUCGUGCGCUCCUCAAUAACCCCAAAUUUCCCACGUAUCCGAACCCUCUCUCCGCUGCCCAAGCGAGUGCAGGUCUCGCUGCCCCCGCUGCUGCUGCCGUUGUCAUGGGUAAAGGCGGAGCAAUCGCAGUCUUGCUUGUCGUAUUCAUGGCAGUCACCUCUGCUGUUAGCGCAGAACUGAUUGGUGUCUCAAGUCUCUUCAUCUAUCGCACAUACUUCAGGCCGAAGGCAAGCAGCACGGAACUUGUCAGAGCCUCCCACUAUUUCAUCUGUGCUUGGGCUGUAUGGGCGGGUGCAUGGGCCACGAUUCUCAACGCAGCCGGCGUGGACCUUGGUUGGGUGUUGCUUGCGACCUCAGUCUCUAUGCUCGUUGAUCAUGCACUCCUUGUCAGAGGCGUCGUUCUCAGUCCAGCAGUGAUCCCGAUCGCGCUCACAGUUGCAUGGUCGAAACUGACGCGAGCUGCUGUGCUGAGCGGGUCUAUCGUCGGCGCGAUCCUCGGCAUGCUCGCCUGGAUGGUCAGCUGCUGGAAGAUAUACGGCUCGAUCACCGUGGCGAACCUGGCGGAGCCGUACUCCGCCGUGUGCAGCGGGCUCACGGGGUUGCUCUUUUCCGGCGUAAUCACCGUCUGCGUCACCCUCGCUCAUCCCGCCGACUACGACUUUUCCGGGACGCGUGCCAUUGUGAUCUACAAGGACGACAAGCAGGACGCGGGGCCCGCCGUCUCUGACGACGUAUCCGACUCGGGAAAGGACGACCCAGAGAAGGCAGGCAUCGUCGCCGAGGUGCAGCCGGUAGCUGCAGACCAGGCGUUGGGUGCAGACCAGGCGGCGGAGCACGCGGAGCUGAAGCGCGUCUUCCGGCGCGCAGCAUGGUACUCGCUCGCGCUGACGCUCAUCGUCGCCAUCCUCGUGCCCAUUCCGAUGUUCUUCUCGCACUACGUAUUCAGCAAGCCGUUCUACACCUUCUGGGUGGCGUGCCAGAUCAUCUGGGUCGCCAUGAGCGGCACGUUCUGCAUCGUCUUGCCCAUCGUCGAGUCGAGGCGCGAGAUCAUCGUCAUUCUGGGUGGCGUGUGCCGGGCCCUGCGUCGCGGCCCAGCGGCGUGA